AUGUCGGCUGCCCUUGAUCGGCUGGGGGAGGUCAACACCAACACGGUGCUCUCCAUGGAUACGUACUGGAAAAACGCAAUGAGCGUGUGCGAAGCAGCCAUGUCCAUGUUGGCCCCUUUUGAGAAUCAGAAUCAUACGCUUGUGGAUGCAGCCACGACAUCGUUGCGACAGCUUUUGACACAUGGCAAAGAAUAUUCACGUAUGAAGCAGUACUCGGCAGCAACACAACGUGACAAAGAAUAUCAAACAGCAUCAUCAUACAAACAUCGACCGCGCAAGACGAUACAGGACCUUGGAUUCAACCCACGAGAGAAUUGGAUCAUAAAGGACGAGAGGACUGUGCUGGUACGACUACCAGAUGAUACCCAUGUCACAUGUCAAGCGAUUACAACAGUGGAAGAAUUGGAUGCCAUCUUGCCAGAACUAAGAAAAGCGAGCCACAUUGCUAUUGAUUGCGAGUUCCUUGGAUUGAAAGGAUGUACGCCUGAACUUAAGGUGCUUCAGCUGGCUGUAUCGAGUACACUUGGCUAUGCAUUGACGAUUGAUCGGAUUGGAUUACAAGCGGUGCGUGAACGAUUGGAACCGAUAUUGAGUCAACCCCAACAUCAACAAGGAGAGAAUGGACUCUCAGCAGCAAUAGCAAACCAGGAACGACUUUAUCUUGGAUGGGCCUUUCGAGGCGAUGCACAAGCGAUUGAAGCAGCAUUCCCUGGUAUCCAGCUACCUUACAUUUUGGAUCUACAGGCCAAAUUACGCUCUGUGGCAGUAGAACAGCUCAAGCUCUUCAAUGCAAUGAAUCGCUAUGCACCCAACUGGUCCGGAUUGGAAGAAUUCAACAAAGCCAAGCAGCUUGGAGACACUUUUCGUUACACGGGCUAUGAUUGUGUAUGGGUCCAAAAUCCAUUGCCACCUGAAUGCUUUGUUUAUGCCGUGUUUGAUGUUGUCAGUUUGAUCGCGUUGCAUGAAGCUGUGGAUCACCAUCCCACUAUACCCACCCAUUUUUGGCCGCAAACAGUCAUCUCCACAUUGGCUCCAAAGGCACUCGAUCGUUGGUUACGCACACGUGCUGUAGCGGCACUCUCGCAAUCGAAUGAACGAACAGCUUCUUCUUCUACUGCAACUACCAACUCACUCACUCUUGUUGAAACGACGGUUGCCACGCGCAAAGACAAACAACCUAUACGAAGCGAAGCAGCAGGAUCGAGUAGUAGUAUUCAUGCACCACCACCACCACCACCAUCAGCAACAACGGCUGGCGGCUUUAAUGAUGAUGAUCCCCAGUUUUUACGUGAUAUGGAAGAGGCAUUACGACUCUCACGUCAAGAAGCUGAAAAGCAACAAGGAGGAGGAGGAGGAGACAUGACAAGUGGAUCGAGCAAACAAGGAUCGCCAUAUGAAAAGGGGGAUGCUACUUUAUUGGAGGAAGAUUUUGAUGGAGGAGAAGAGGCCCAUUUUGCUACCGAUGUUUAUGACGACACUCACAACAAACGGGAUGGUGGCAACCCAAUCAAACUUGGUACUUGGGAUUCCAUUGAUGAUUAUGAAUCGAAUGAACGACGUGGUGUCGGCGGCAGCAGCAGCAACAGCAAUAAAAGCAACUAUGAGCAACAACGCCAACAGCAACAACAUCCUGGAUAUGAUUAUAUGCAACAAAUUUCGAGGGCUAUGAAUCAACAUGCGAGUGGUGAAUAUUCUUUUGAGCCUCCACCUGAACAAGCUUCUUGGAACAACCUUGCAGAGACAUCCAUGAGUGAGUGGAAGCGUGGUGCGGAUGUGGAGCUUGAUUGGACCGAGAUGGAGCAACGCAACGCUGAGCUUGCCAACUCAUCACAACCUGCCGAGACGGUGAAGUUUCAUACAUCAGUGCAUGGACAACAAGUGGCUUCUUGGGCAUCACAGCAACAACAAAAGAAAUCAGGAGAGGAUAAUUGGGAUACAGCCGAUGCAAAGCCUACCAUGAUGCAAAUGCGAAUGAAUCCAUUACCCAAGUUCAAGAUCAAGCAAAAGACCAAAGGGCCUCGCGUGAUUAUUCCUGAUGAUGACGACUUUAGCGACGAUGAUGAUGAUGAUGAUGAUGAUGAUAUCUCAACGACCAGUGAUGAAUCAGCAGAUGAUGAGAUUGUGGCCCAUGUGGAAGAGACGUACAAGGAUGACAUUUUCCUCAGUGGACAAGGAGCCAUUCACAUGCAUUUGAUUCGAGAGGUGGCGCAAUUAGCCACACUACCUCAACUCAACAGCAGCGACAAUCCACAACAACCUUUGACGGCUGCCAUUACAGCACAAGCGCAUCGUGUCGUAACGCGUGAAGGUGUUCCUGAAUUACAUCUCAAGGCGCUUCAGAUUUAUAUCAGCACAGGGGAUGCGUACACCGUUCUUACAGACCAUGUGCAUGCUUUGACAGGCAACAAUCGAGAAAAGAUCCAGUCUUCUACCAUUGGCUAUAUUCUCACGAGUCCAAACGUGCGCCGUGUCAUGUGGGGUUAUCAAUUUGUGGCUGAUGAAUUGCAACAUCGUCUUGGAUUUGAGCCUGGUCCCAUGGUUGAUCUUGCUGUAUGCUACAAUGACAACGUCGACCAAGAUGGCAAACCGGUUUCUGUAUGGGACGCUGCCUUGGAGUUCGCCAAUGCUGAUUUUCAACAAGACUUGAACAUGUUCCGCGACUGCAAGCAUGAUAUGGAAGGAUUGCAACAACGCAAGUUCUCAAGCUCUCUUUGGGAUAAAGAACGGGUUCCCGAGGCCGCUUUAAGAUACAGUGCUAUGCAAGCCUGGUUACUCCAUUACAUUUAUGAACGUACCCUUGAACGAGGUCAUCCCCCUAUCAAAGAUUAUCAUGUUUGGCAAAGCAACACAAAGUACUCCCUUGAAUUGUAA